AUGAAGUCGUAUGAUGAGGUGCCUGUCGUCUACGAUGACUACAAGCCACCAAAGAGUGCUGAUGGCCGAGUUCACCUGAGUAAUCCUCAUCUGGCUGACCUUGAGUCUGACACGCUGUACCACUUGGCCCUGGGGACGAGCACGCACAACUUGGAAGACAUGUUCGGCGACGUCAAGUUUGUCUGCAUGGGUGGUACGGUGAAGCGGAUGCACGAGUUUGCCAAGAUGGUCGCCCGCGAGCUUGGUCUGGAUGGCGGUGAGGGUGAUGCUCCACUUGUUGAUCUGACGGCUGCAUCCAAUCGCUACUCAAUGUACAAAGUUGGCCCCGUUCUGUCCAUUUCGCAUGGCAUGGGCGUUUCAUCUUUAUCGAUACUAAUGCACGAAAUAAUCAAGCUGGUGUACUACGCCAAGUGCACCAACGUGGUCUUCUUCCGCAUUGGAACUAGUGGGGGCAUCGGUGUGCCGCAGGGCACCGUGGUCAUCACCCAACAGGCAGUGGACGAACUGCUUCGACCAUUCUACGAGCUUCACAUUCUCGGGAAAAUAGUCCGCCGACCGACUGACAUGAACGAAGAACUGAUUGAAGAGCUUAAAGCCUGUGAAAACAGCGACAGAGCAACCAGCGAGUACCAGACAGUGGUUGGAAAAACGAUGUGUGCCAUGGACUUUUACGAAGCACAGAACCGCCUAGACGGCGCCUUCUGCAGCUUCACCCUGCAGGAGAAGAUGAGCCGACUGAAGGAGAUCAGUGAGGCCGGUGUGGUGAACAUCGAAAUGGAGGCGAUCACCUUUGCGUCGAUGUGCCGAAGUGCGGGCAUUCCCGGUGCCAUCGUCUGCGUGACACUGAUCAAUCGUCUGGAGGGCGAUCAGGUGAACACUAGCAAGGCGUACCUGGAGAAGCUGCAGCAGCGCCCACAAGAACUGGUGCUCAAGUUCAUUAAGAAGCGCCUGCAGAUGAUGUCCAACGGAGUGAAUGGAAGCACUUCGGAGGAGCAUCACUAG